AUGACUAGUAGUAGAUGGUUAUCUUCAUAUAAAACAGGAUUAUUUUCAAGUGGAUAUAAUGAAUUUUAUCAAUUAUUUCUUCAUGAUAAUAUAAAUAGAAAUGUAUUAACAUUUUCCAAUACAAUUCCAUUACAAAAAGAUGAAAGAAUUAAACAAAUAUCAUCAGGUGAAAAACAUUCAUUUUUAUUAACAAGUAAAGGUAAAUUAUAUGGAAUUGGAAUGAAUGAAUUUGGUCAAGUUGGUGUUGGAAAUGUUUCUUCUUUUUUACAAAAUUUAAAUCCACAAAUGGAUAAAAAAAUGUAUCAACAACAUAUGGAAAAAAUUGAAAUGUCAACUCAUAUUGAUAUUGAUCAUGUUUUAAAUCCUAUUAUUAAUAAUAAUAAUAAUUUUAAUAAUAAUAAUAAUAAUAAUAUUAAAAAUGAAAAUACUAAAUAUGGAAAUAAAGAAUUAGAAAUUCAAAUUAAAGAAUUAGAAAAAGAAUUAAAUUAUAAAGAUUUUAUUACAAAUGUAGUAUGUGGAAGAGAUUUUACAUUUAUUUCAACUGAUAAAGAAUUACCUGAAAAGGUAGCAUCUAUUGCAUGUGGUGCUUUUCAUACUAUAAUAUUAACAAGAGAUCAUCAUAUUUAUAUAAUGGGAUUAAAUAUAUUUGGACAAUUAGGAAUUGAUCCUAAAGUGAUGGAACAACGUGUUAAAAAUGAAGUGUAUAUAAAUCCAAAAGGGGAAUUAAUAGAUUUUUCCUAUAUAAGUAAACCUAUUAGAUUAGAUUAUUUUGAUUAUAUGGCUUAUGAAGGUGAUUUUAUUUCACAUAUUUCAACAGGUGCAUGUCAUUCUGCUUUUUUAUCAAAUUCUGGUAAAUUAUUUAUGUGUGGUUUUAAUAUAAAUGGUGAAAUUGGAAUGGGUCAAUCAAUUAGAUAUUCAUUCACUCCUAAAAAACCUAUUUUUAGAUAUCCUUAUCCAUAUAUGGAUGAAUCACCUACUAUUAGAGCUAUUUCAUGUGGUUUAGAUCAUACCAUUGUUGUUACUGAAAAUGGUGAAGUUUUUUCAACUGGUAAAAAUGAAGAUGGUCAAUUAGGAUUAGGAGAUGUUAAAAAUAGAUAUGAAUUUAACAUGGUAGAAUAUUUUGAAAAUGAAACAUUAAAUAGUAAAAUAAUAGAUGUAGAAUGUGGAAUGUGUCAUUCAAUAUUUAUAGGAACUCAAUCUAAAAAUAGUAAUAAUUCAAAACAAGAAUUUUAUAUGAGUGGUUGUAACAAGUAUGGUAAUUUAGGAUUAGGUGAUUUUGAAAAUAGAAAAUUACCAACAAAAUUAACAAGUGUUGCAAAAUCUAAAAAUGGAAUUUUAUGGAAAAUUAUCGUUUUACAAGCUCACAACAGUUUGUGGCCAGUAUUUCCAGAUGCUAAUUUACAAAAGAAAAAUCAAUUCCAAAAAAGCCAAUUGAGCAAAACCCAGAGAGAAUGCAAGGAUAAUCCAACUUUCGUCUAUUAA